AUGGAGGCUGUAACUAAGACAACUUCGGCCACAUCUUACUUUGAGUACGAUGCUACUGCUCGUCAAGGAAGAAUCAAACGACGCUCCAUUGCAGAGAUCUUUACAAUCAUCUGUUCAGGGUUUGCCAUGAUAUCUGACGGAUAUCAGAACAACGUCAUGACCAUGUUGAACACAGUUUUCGCUCAGCUUUACCCUCAAGAAUACGAUCUGGAAAUGAAAACCGCUGUGUCGAAUGCCUCUCUCGUGGGAACGAUCUUUGGUCAAGUUGUCAUCGGUAUCUUAGCUGAUAGACUUGACAGAAAAAAAUCUAUCGUGAUUGCAACUGUCUUCUUGGUUUUUGGUACUGUGCUCUGUGCAGCAGCUCACGGAAAGACUGUGAAUGGCAUGUUUUGGAUGUUGAUCAUUUUUAGAGGUGUCACGGGUUUCGGAAUUGGUGCCGAAUAUCCCUCGUGCUCUGUUUCAACCAAUGAAGCAGCCAACGAAGCAGUCAAGAGGAGAGGUGGGGUCUUUUGUAUGGUGACUAAUCUCCCGCUUUCUUUAGGAGGACCUUUUGCCUUGAUUAUCUUCUUGAUUGUUUAUCAAAUCACCAAUGGUGUCACGAAUGGAUUGUGGAGAACACUUUUUGCUGUUGGUGCGUUCUGGCCGCUUUCAGUCUUUUACUUCAGAUACAAAAUGGCUACCUCUGUGCUAUUUAAAAAGGCGGCUAUUAGAAAGAAUACUCCAUAUUGGUUGGCAUUGAAGUUCUAUUACAAGAGAUUAUUUGGUACAUGCAUUUGUUGGUUUUUGUACGAUUUUGUGACCUUUCCGAACGGAAUUUUCUCGGCCACGAUUAUUUCGUCUGUUUUAGAUGGGUCCCAAACUUCAGACCUUGAACGUGUCGCUCUAUGGCAACUUUUGCUUGGAGUAAUCGCAGUUCCGGGUAUCUUUGUUGGUGCUUAUUUGUGUGACAUCAUCGGCAGGCGAAACACCCUUGCUAUUGGCUUUUCGGGGUAUAUCGUCUUUGGCUUAAUCAUCGGUUGUUCGUUUGAUAAAAUCAAGAAUAUAAUCCCAUUGUUCAUCGUGUUCUACGGCUUGAUGAUGUCAAUGGGUAACUUAGGUCCGGGUAAUAUGAUGGGAUUAACGUCAUCAGAGUCUUUUGCAACGCCUAUCCGGGGUACCUGUUACGGAUUUUCUGCCGCUAUCGGAAAGGUUGGGGCUGUUGUUGGAACUAAGACAUUCACACCUAUCCAAGACAAAUUGGGUGAGAAUUGGACAUUCAUCAUUGCCGCUAUCUGUGGUCUCGCUGGUGUUGUUAGCGCAUUAUUGUUUAUCCCGCAGCUCAAGGAUGAUGAUUUGAUGAGAGAAGACAUCAAGUUUAAGAAUUAUCUAAUUGACCAAGGGUGGGAGGGAACUUUUGGAUACGAGGAUGGUAAUGAGGAGGCGGUGGAGGAAACUAGUGACACCUCUGAUGCUGAUGUGGAGGAACAGAAUUAUGUUGAACAUACUGCCAAGAAGUAG